UUCAAAGAAGGAAAUAUCGAGAGACAGGAGAGACUAGGAGGCACAGUCACUGUUUGAAGCAGAGACGAUCUGGAUUGUACAGACUCUGGCACUUUUCUGGUUAAUUCUAUAAAGGGUGUUUUGGAACAAGCCAUCGGGACAAAUAAAAUGCCAAGAGCUCAUCGGGACUCCCCAGCAGCAGGUGGCAUGAGGUGGCACUGGCUGUGGCUGAAAGCGUUGCUCGUUGUCCAGUUUUCUGCAGACAGUUUAGCUGGAAUUGUACAGACAAAGAGUACUACUGCCGUGUUGGGAGCAGACGUGGUAUUGUCAUGUUACUACCAGGCAAAGUCAGAUGAAAAAGUGACGCAGGUCGUCUGGUCAAAGAAAGUGCCGAAUGGUCAGAACAUCCAGAUUGCCAUAUUAAAUCCUGAGUUUGGAGCCUACAUAUCAGAUCUUUACAGUGGGCGCAUCAAAGAGAAUGCUCCAUUACUUCCCCAAAAUGGGACAAUUACCAUGAAGAACGCUGUCCAAGCAGAUGAGGGUCUUUAUCAGUGUCUCGUAAACACCUUCCCAGAUGGAAAUUUUGAAGGCGAACUGACAUUAAAGGUGUUAGUACCACCUUUGCCCACUCUGAUCGAGGGUCCUCCACUAGUAGAAGGAGAUGGCAAGACUCAAGCAGCUUCUUGCACUGCUGAAGGCAAUCCUGCCCCCAUUCUGUUUUGGGAGUCUGAAGUCCGAGGGACCAAUACUACCAGGAAAACUACGCAUCCGCGCUCAGAAUCUGUGACCAGUGAAUUUUUUGUUGUACCAAAUCGCAGUAUGAACGGGAAAACCCUGACCUGUGUUGUUUAUCACCCUGGAUUUGAACGUGAAAAGCGCAUCAAACAUAUCAUUGGGAUCAAAUAUUUGGGGGAUGUAACCAUCAAGGGCCAUGAAGAAGGCUGGUUUGCUGGGAAGGAUGAUGCUGUAUUGAAGUGUUUGUGUGAGGGGAACCCGACACCUGAAUAUAAAUGGUCAAGGGUGAAUCACUCCAUGCCAAAUGCUGUAAAAGCUGAAGGGAACAGCUUGAUAUUCCAGAACCCACUCAGUGGGGAGGACGCUGGUGUCUACAUCUGUCAUGUGUCCAAUGGCAUCACCAGCAGGACAAGCAGUGCAACCGUUUCCAUAUCAGAGAGUGAACCCAGGAAGGUGGAUGUGGUGUCUGUGUCACUUGUAACGGUGGGAGUAGUGACUGCUCUCUUGCUGGUGAUUCUAGUGAUCACUGUGCUCUUAGUCAAUCGUCAUCACAAACGGAGGACAAAGAGACUUUCUGAGAAAAUAGAGGAGCUCUCCACCUUAUCCAGAGAGGCAUCACGACGAAGACUGAACUCCACCUCAGCGAGCACCGAUACCAAAAUGCAGCUGGAAGAAAGCAUGCAUCUAAGGUCCGGUAACCAUCCUGACAGUCUGAGGGAUCCAAGUAUCAGCUCCAUGAUGGGGGAAGAGCUAGAUCGUCGGAGUUAUUCCACUUUGACGACUGUCCGGGAAACAGAGACACAGACAGAGCUUCUGUCCACUGUGCCAGACGAAGACGUUAAGGAGGAGAAUGAGGAUGUGACAGAUCAGGAAGAAGUGCCACAAGACAGAGACACAGAUCAAGAAGAAAGAUAUGUCACUGUUACUGGUAACCAGCCCUUUAUUAAGCAAGGAAUGGCACAUUUUUACCAAGAAAAUGGUACAUUAAGGGCAAAGCCAACUGCCAACGGGAUCUACAUAAAUGGUCGGGGACACCUUGUAUAACUAGAGGUAACCAAGACUCUGGAAAGCUCUGAGUUGUGUGGAAGCAAUUGACUUCCUGAAACUGAUGAGAUGCAAUGACCUUUCCUGAAGGACAGUCUUUGUCAAAGACUGUAUCUGCUAUAUUAGCCAGAUGUCACCGAGAGUCCUUCACACUGUAAAUAAUGCACUAUGGAGGGAACAGCAAGUUGCAACAAAAUAAUCCCAGAUCCACAAGAGACAUUUUUCCACAAAGACACGUCAGUGAUUUUUUUUUUAAAAGAAUUGAUUGUUUCCUUCAAAGACAAUAAAAAGACUUUGUAGAGAGAAUAAAAAAAAAAAAGUAAAAACAAAAAAAGAAAGAAGAACAAGAUAUAUUCUGUGACUCAUCUCUCAAAAUUGAGAUUUUGUAUUGAAUACAGGGCUAUGUGUUUUGCAA